AUGAUGAGCCUGAUUUCGUUGAUCUCGUUCAUCAUCAUCCUGGUAUUUGUUUCAAUAGAACAAGUACGGGCUGCACAGCCUCUUUCCUAUCCACUUCCUAAAUUCAAUAUUCAACCACAAACGCUCUCCAUUUCAGGCUUAUCUUCCGGAGCUUAUAUGGCUGUACAGUUUUCAGUGGCUUUCAGUUCCUCUAAUCGUGGAGUGGGUGUUUUUGCAGGUGGUCCUUACUAUUGUGCUCGGGGAGAUUUUGCAACGGCAAAUGCUGCUUGUAUGAAGGUUGCGAGUAUGAUUGAUUUGGCAACUUUGCAGAAAGAUAUUCUCUCGUUUCAAUCGAAUGGAUUCAUUGACCCAAUUGCUAAUAUUGCUCAAAAACAUCGAGUGUAUUUAUUUAGUGGUACCAAGGACUAUAUUGUCUUUCCAGAAGUGAUGAAAAAGUUGAAGGAUCAAUAUGUGAAACAAUUGGGAUUGGAUGAGAAGAAGAUUGUGAGCGAUUUUGAUGUUCCAGCUUCACAUGCCAUGAUUACUAAUAAUUAUGGAGCAAAGUGUGAUGCAUUUGGUUCCCCAUUCAUUAAUAAUUGCAAUUUGGAUGGUGCUUCAAAAGCUCUUGAAACUAUUCUGACCUCCCAAAAUUAUACCUCCACUGUGGUCACACCUGACAUUAACAACAAUUUCCAUUUAUUUUCUCAAAGCAAUGCCUAUUCAGCAACGUCCUUCGAUGACUAUGGUUACAUUUAUAUUCCAACUGGUUGUAAGAAUGGUGAUGCUUGUAGAGUACAUGUUGCUUUCCAUGGCUGUCUUCAAGGAAGAUCCUUUGUGAAUGAUGUCUUUGCUCAACAUGCCGGUUAUUUGGAACAUGCUGAGGCCAAUAAUAUCAUUUUUAUAUUCCCACAAGUUAAGGGCAUCUCUGGUAACAAUAACGGUUGUUGGAAUUGGUUUGGCUAUGGAAGUGAUCAUGAUUUGUAUGCUACCAAACAAGGAGAGCAAAUGAAAGCCGUUCGAAACAUGCUUGCUGAUCUUGGUGUUGACAUUUAA